UAGAAAGAAGAAAGGUAUUUUUCACCCCAUCUGGGUAAAAAGGAGGAAGAAGCUGACACAAAAUUGGCUGCGGUUGCAUUCGGUCCACAUGCCCGCGUCUCUGCGCUUUUCAAACCAGCCACGCACAAAAAGGAAGUCGUGAGGAGUAAUUCUGCUUGGAUAGCUGUCCGUCGUCGCCGAGUCUCUUCAAGGAAAAGCGGUCGAAGGCUGGCGCUCAGUACAUCGUCUGUAAGAUGAAGGGCCGAGUUCCGCUGUUACUGCUACUGUCUGUAUUUCAAGACUGGACGAUCGCGCUGACUGAAGCGACGCCAGACUGGACCACGGCUUCAGACGGCGGGAGCGAUCAGCUGCGUCUAGUGCAUGUGGCUGUACUGUUUCGUCACGGGGAACGCGCUUCGCUCACGACUUUUCCCGGAGAUCCCAACCAGCACUACGUUUGGCCCAUGGGACGCGGGCAGCUCACCAACAGGGGUCGCCAGACCAUGUGGGCCCUCGGAACAUGGAUACGUGAGCGGUACGCACGCCUCCUCACCCACGACGUGCGAGAGGUGAUCGCCCGAAGCAGUCCCGUCCCCCGCUGCUUCGACAGCGCCGCGAUCCUCCUGUACGGCUUGUACCCAGCCGUCGACAAGGAAAGACAAUGGAAGCGUGACCAGGACUGGCAGCCGGUGCCCAUCACGAGCCCGCCAGAUGGCACGGACAAAUACGCCACUCUUUGUCUGCCGCGCUUCCUGGACAGCCUGACCGCGCUGUAUGCCGCCGAAGUGCCCUGUUCUCUGGUCGGCGAGCCGUCAUCUAAAACGCCUUCGUCUCGCACGAAAACCGAGCCGACGACAGCGGUGCCGCGAAGUUUCGGUACCGCAGGCAACCUGCUCGACUUCGUCGCCGCUGCGGCCAACGUCACCGACGAGCCCGGUGUGGCGCGGUUCGCGGCCACUUCGCGAGUCGUGGACGCCCUGUUCGUGAACCGCGAGAAUGGCCUGCCACUGCCCGAGUGGGCUACGAAGCACCUGCGCCAGCUCGGUUGGCUCAACGAGAAGCUGGUUGAGAUGAUCGGAAAGUACCAGAAGGACAACAUGGCGGGCGCCUUGCUCAGAGAUUUCGUGACAAGUAUGAAACCCAAAUAUGCCGGCGGAGGCUUGAUGCUCACGCAAGGAAAGGAUAACACUAACAAGGGGCCUAAGAUAACGCUCUUCUCGUACCACGACAUGAACGUCGCCGGCGCCAUUCUGGGCAUGAACGGCACGUUGAGUGGCAGGCCCCCCUACGGAGCCGCUGUCAUUAUCGAGGUGUUCGCUAAGAGCGGCUCAUCUGAGGCGACCGCCGAAAGAUACGUCAGGCUCUUUUACAAGGCGAACAACCGACAUGCGACGAUCAUUCCCGUCGAAGGCUGCGCCGACCCGUGUCCGCUGGAGAAAUUCGACGCAUUCCUGCAGCGCAAAUUCAAGCCGGUGACCAGGGCGCAAUGCGGUUGGAGCGAGCAACAGCCUCUUCUCUAAAGAUUAGCGAACUGCAUAUUCGACUGUGCCGUUUGGAUGUCCCUGCAAGAAGGAAUCACGGAAUUUCUAAAUUAUGUGAGAUGGCGAU